GUUGGUGAGUUUUUUUCAUAUAAUUUUAAUUAUGAAACUUCGACGACAGCCGACAUUAAUUUAGUCGCCAUCUUUGGUUCAUAUCUUACAAUCGUCUCGAACGAUUCGCGGGCGUUUCGUCGCCGUUUUUUCAAUGUUUUACUCAAUUUUAUCGUUACUAUUCCAAAACAAAACCACGUAAAAAAUCUUUUGGUCGAAUAAUUAUAUAUUGUGAAAAUGAGCUUUUUCGGGUUCGGUCAGACGGCGGAUAUCGAAAUAGUUUUUGAUGAUGCUGACAAACGGAAGGUGGCUGAAGUGAAAACGGACGAUGGUAAAAAAGAAAAGUUAUUGUUGUAUUAUGACGGUGAAACGGUCUCCGGGAAAGUGAAUGUGACGUUGCGGAAACCGGGAUCAAAACUUGAACAUCAAGGCAUCAAGGUCGAACUCAUAGGUCAGAUUGAAUUAUUCUACGACAGAGGUAAUCAUCACGAAUUCAUAUCUCUGGUUAAAGAACUAGCGCGUCCGGGCGACCUGCUUCAACACACGUCGUAUCCUUUCGAGUUUGCUAAUGUCGAAAAACCAUACGAAGUAUAUACAGGCUCUAAUGUCAGGUUGCGGUAUUUCCUGCGGGCGACAAUCGUCCGGCGCCUCACUGACAUCACCAAGGAGGUGGAUAUUGCCGUGCACACGCUCUGUAGUUAUCCGGACGUCCUUAAUUCUAUAAAAAUGGAAGUAGGCAUAGAAGACUGUCUGCACAUAGAGUUUGAAUAUAACAAAUCAAAAUAUCAUUUGAAAGACGUUAUUGUUGGUAAAAUUUAUUUCUUACUGGUACGUAUAAAAAUCAAGCACAUGGAAAUAUCAAUAAUCAAGAGAGAAACCACUGGAUCUGGUCCCAAUACGUUUACAGAAAAUGAAACUGUAGCAAAGUAUGAGAUAAUGGAUGGUGCGCCAGUCAGGGGUGAAAGUAUUCCUAUCAGAGUGUUUUUGGCUGGCUAUGACCUGACUCCGACUAUGAGGGACAUUAACAACAAAUUUUCUGUCAGAUACUACCUUAAUUUAGUUUUGAUGGACACUGAAGAUCGUCGCUAUUUCAAACAACAAGAGGUGAUAUUAUGGAGGAAGAGUGACAAGUCCAGAUUACCCUUGCAUCCUCAUCACCCACAAACAGUGUCAUAUCAAGGCCAUCAGUCAUUAAGAAAACAAAGUGUUUCCAGUGAUGAUAAUUCAGCUCGAGCAACACCAUCAAAUCCUGAUCCUGAGAAUGUAAUGCAGAGAUCAGUGUCCCCCUCAAUGCCUGAAAAACAGAAUGGACCCUUACAAAUGGAGAGAGAAAAACCUGAAGCAUUCAUAGACAAAUUAGCAGGUGCUCAUAUUAAUGAAAAUGAUACUAACGAUACGAGUGAUGAGAUUGAAGAACCGAAACCCGUCGAAAAACUUCCCGUAGUGGAUAAACCUUUAAUCGCCGAAAAACCUCAGAUUGCUGAAAAACCUACCCUAAACCGACCUGAGCCUGCAGGGAGUCCGAAUCAAUAGCCAAAAUGUACAUGCUCUCUUGGAAUGACGAGCAAAAACAAUAUGAACUCUAUGUUUUCAUAUUUGAAGACUAUUGAUUGAGAAAGUUGUUUUAUUAUAUUAACAGUUUUCUGCAGAGGCACAUCCAGAGCUUCAGUUUUGCAGCUUUUUCUAUUAUCCUUUUAUUUAGUAAUCAUAUCACCUAACUUCACACAUAUGAUAUAUCAUCCAAGUAGAAAAACAUAUAUGAGAUGCAAGUAAAACUUUAUAAUUUCAUUUAAAUCACUUUAUUUUUUUAUCGCUACAUUUUCUGUGUACGGAAAUAUCUGCAAACAUUUUAACUGCCUUAAUAAAUUAGUAAAAAGGAAAAAAUUAUGAAAAAAUUAGGUGUGAAGUGUUUUAAAUUUAUUCAUAUAUAAAUAAAAUACACGUAUUCAAAUUUAAUUUAUAAAAUAUUUUUAUAUGUAUGUGUUGUAAAUUUUUAACAACUUUACAAUGACACACAAAAGGCAUCAAAAACUAUGCCUAAAAGGCAGAAUAUCUCUCGCAUUAAAAGUAAAAUACUUUUUAAUAUUUGUAAAGCAUGGUUAGCUUUUUUUUUUGUAAAUGUAUUUAAUAAUUAAACAGAUAGUACACAGAGAAGCAAUAAUAAUUAAAAUGUGUGUAUAGCUUUAUUGCAUAUAAGAUAAGUAUAUGUUAAUAGCAUAGUGGGAAUGCAUUAAAAUAAAUACAAAGUGUGAUUUAUGAUUAUAUUCUUUAGGAGAUAACAUUUUGGCUGUUUGUAUAAACAUUGUUUCCGAUUUAUGUUUAAAUUCUUUGAUUUUGGUGUUGGACAAAUGGACAUAAUGAAGUUAAAAUGUUUUGAGCCCAUCGAAAGGAAGAAAAUCUGUAAUUCAUUCGACAGGGUAUGCCUAAGAAUCAUUUAACUUUAAAUGAGUCAUGAUUCAGCUCUAGAAUUCAUGAAUUAGAUGUCUCAAUACAAUUUUAAAAUAAUUGUCAAUUCGAGGCACCUCAAGUACUAACAUAAUUGAAGGUAAACAGUGUCCGCUAAUAACCAGGACUGUUAUGAAUUGACUGAUAGAGCACCUCUCAAAAGUAUUCUGUAUCAUUGUGAAAAACACUUAUACAUUUCAUACACUAACACACUAGCAUCACUUAUAAAAUUAAAUGAUUGUACAGAUAACUUUGGCUUCUAGAAUUCAUUGAGAAUUGACCGAAAAUAGGAGCUAUAUAAUACUGUGUUGGUGUCUGUGAAUGAUAUAAUUUUCACACAGUAAAUAUAUUGUACUUGAAUGUGUUCCAUUAAACAGAAUAUGUUAUCAAUACAGUUUUUAUCUCUAGCAAUGUUCUGUUCUAUUUAUCAAUUUGUAAGCAUUGUGUGCCAUUCAUUCGGUUUGCGGAUAGAACUUUAAAUAAAAAAAAUAUAACUUAAAAUAAAUAGUUCUUAUAGAGAGAGAUAUCUAAUACAGAAUUGAUCUAUUUAAAUGUUGGUUAAUAAUAAAAAUAUGUUUAAUAGGGUACUAUGAUCCAAGAUGUAGAUACAACAGAUAUCGUUGAAAAUAUAGAUGAACCAGUAUGAAUAAAAGUUCUGAUAAAUUUUUUUCUGAUUUCAAAUCGGAUGUAAAUAAUGCGAAUUGCGGACCGCUGACAAUUAUCUAUCGAAUCUGUACCAUUUGUUUCAAACUUAGGACCACAUCAAUUUAUUUCAAUUGUUUAGUAUUGUUCGGAAGUGCUGAUAUGGGUAUGUAGCAAAAAAGUAUAUUUGGGUAUCGUUUAAAAUGUAAUUAAAACAUCGCAAAUUUUAAUUUUUCUUUAUUAAAGUAAAACACGUAUUCAAGACUACAAUUAAUGUAUUUAUAAAUAAAGUAUAUUAGAAAAUUUAUGUAUAUGUAUAUAUAAUAACAACUUACUCAGUGUGGUGAACAUGUAAUAUCAUAUAUCAUUUGGUUAUCGCGGCUCGUAGGCACAACUAAAACCUUUACCUGUGUAAUCCCACGUUAUUAUUAUCUUUAUGCAAUCUUCAAAUGUCGACCAGUAAAACUUUAGCCGUCAGUGAGGAGACCACGAAAAUUGUAAUGUUUCCGAAACGACGCAUAUAAUAAAACAAUUGUUUUAAUUAUGUCAAAUAAUAAUAAAAUUCAAUCAAAUUUGCCAACAAGCGUGAAAAACGAAAUUGCAGGUAGGUACCUAAUGUGGAUCCCGAAAGUUCUAUGAAGCUUACGAAUUGACAAAAAAAGCAAAUUAAAACGAAUAAUAUAAGUAAAGUUAUUUGAAUUGGAAUAAAAUUUCGAUCUAUGCCCUUAAUGUGUUACGUGCUGAAUGUUUUUCAAUUAGUGAAGAGAGGCCAUAUUGGGAACGUCUCGCCAUACUGACCGCCAUCGGUUAACGACGUAAUACAAUUUAAAAGAUCACUUACUCAUUCAUUCCUGAUGCGAUUAAUAUUUUAUUCAUUUAUUAAUUUAAUAGCCUUUUGGUUAUGAUUUCCAAAUUAGACUUUUUUUUUCCUCGACCGAGAAAAACGUCCCUUAAUUAUUUUUUUGUUGCUCUUGCCUGAUUUUUCUUCAAAUUCUUAGUAAAUCUAUGAAAACAAUACAGGUAAGUGAAUUUGCAUAUUUAAACAAAAAGUUUUAUUUUAUUUAAAGUUUCACGCUGUUAAAACGGAACUUUUAGUCCAGGAUUUGUGUCGCGCAUUUGUUUUUAUCGUAGUGCUCCGGAUGAGCUAUGUUGGAAAUUAAAAAACUGGCUGCAAACGGAAGUUUGUUAAAAUGAAACAUAAAAUUUUCAACUAACAGACAUACAAAGCCGCGGUUAACUUUCAAACUGAAAAUCGAUUUCAUUUUUGAUUCCAUGCAGGUAGCUAUCGUGUUUGUCGUAUCUCAAAGUGAACUAUCUUUAGUUUCACAACAAGGGCUAAAGGUCUAAAGGUUGAAUCAAUCUGCGGGCUAGUCUUUUAAAAAAAGUAGAUAUACUGUUUUUUUUUUAAAACAUCUAUUCGAGAUUCUUAUUUUUUUUAAGCUUCCAAACAUUCAAAGAAAUCCAAAAUUGAGUAUUCAUGUAAAUGAGCUGUUCAAGUUAGUGAAUAUGUUAUUUUGUUAUAACAUUAAAUAAAUUGAAAAUAACGUAACAUUGUUUGGUUUUAGUGUCUUAUUAUUGUAUAAAAGAUAUGUUUUUUAUGAGAUUAAGAGCGCAUGUCGAUUAUAUCAUAUUGUUAAUAAAAUAUAUGUAUAAAUUGCUAA